AUGCCCAGGGCCUUCCCGGCCCUUAAGGAGACUCUUGAUAAGGGCCUCAUAAGAGCAGCAGCAGCAGCAGCACUUCGUGCCCUCAAGAGGCCCUUCCAGGGGGCCCCCCCGCCCCCAGGGGGCCCCCCCGGGGGCCCCCCAGGGGGGCCCCUGCUCGGGGCCAACCCAAGGGGACGCCCCGGGGGGCCCCCCGGGGGGCCCCCCGAGACUCCCAGUAUUUAUAAAGACCCCACGGGGGGCGCGAGGGGCCCCUGCGUGGCGAACUUGGAGGGGGGCAUGCAGUCGCUGGCAGUGGGGCUUUGUGGGGCUUUGCCUGGGGCUUGCAUGCGCAUGCAUUUGCGGGUUUUGUUUAUUUGUCCCCUUUCGGAUUUCGAAAAGGGGUCUGAAGGGUUUGCUGUUGCUGCUGAGGGGCCCCCCGGGCACUUCCAAACCCUCCUCGCCAGCCACGUCCUCUUAACUGUCCACCCAAAGGAGGCAGCAAAGAUACUGGGGGGCCCCCCUCCCCCGGGCUGGGGGCCCCCCCUUGCUGCCCUGGGGGGCCCCCCCGGGGGGCCCCCGCAAGGGGUCUCUGGGGCCUCUGGGGGGGCCCUUGAAGGGUCCGCUGGGGGGGCCCCUGGGGGAAAGGCCCCUGCUGGCGAGGGCCCCCCAGGGGGCCCCCAAGAGGGCCUCCAGGGGGCCCCCCAUGAGGGGGGCCCCCAGGGGGGCCCCCCUCAGGGGGCCCCCCAGGGGGUACAGCAAGCAGCUGGCCGGCCCAUUCUUAGCCCAGAAGCUGUUCGGCUGCUGCAGGAGCUUCCUUUCUCUUCUGUUGCAUUAGUGACUCUGGCGCUGCGGCCAGCUUCCCGUGGGGGCCCCCCGGGGGGCCCCCAGGGGCCCCCCUCAGGGGCCCCCCAGGGGGGCCCCCCAGGGGGGGCCCCGGCCGAGGAGGGGGGCCCCCUGACGCCCGAGGGCUUUGGGUUUCUGGUGGCCUCGGACGAGGCCGAAGCUGAGGGCUGGGAGACCCUGGGGGGCAUUAGUGUUUCGAAAGUCUUUAGGGGUCGGGGGCCCCCAGGGUUUGAAAUCUUUACCUCUUUUAUUGGCGGCCCCCGGGGCCCCGCUGCAGUGCAGCAGCCCGACGAAGUCCUCGUCCAAAAGGCCCUCUUGGACUUGCAAAAAAUCCAAAAAAACAAAAACAUCCUUUUCUUGCCCGACCCCCUAGGGGCCCCCCCACCAGGGGCCCCCUCCGGGGCGCCCCCGGGGGGCCCCCCGGGGAGGCUCCCCGGGGGGCCCUGCUACUACAGGGUACUGGGGGUGCGGCGGUGGCUGGAAACCAUAGCGAGGCCCGGGUUGGGGUGGAGUGCUGCUUGUGGGGCUGUGGAGAAAGAGCUGCAGCAGCAGCAGCAGCAGCGGUACCCUUUUAGUUUGCUGCUGCUGGAGGGGGGGUGGGUGAGUGGGGUUGCUGUGGGGGACCGCGUGGAGGCGGGGCAGCAGGCCGCGAGGGUCUUCGCCCAACUCGCCCGCAACCACAAACCCUAA